UAGUGCUUGAAUAUAGUGAUAAAAAUCUAUUCAACACACGUAAAAGCAAUCUAUUUCUUAAAAAUUAACCAGUUAUUUUUCCAAACAUCAUUUUAAAUACGGUAAAAUGGAUAAACCCCUCAACAAAGAGGAUAUAGCUGCAAUGGAAAGCCAGCUCCGCCAAAGCAUGGACGAAGAUCGGAAGUAUUGGCGCGUCAACGAUGUUAAAUGUGACGCCAUACAUACUGCGAAGAGCUAUGAGGAGUUUGCAGAUAGAGUCGCAGCUGCCCACUUGCGUCCUUUAGAUAAAAAUGAUUUUAAAAAUAAAUCAACUAGAGGAUGGAAUCAAUUCUCCACUAACAAAAAAGAUGACGAAGAAUAAUAUCAAUU